AUGGUAUCAGCCUUCCCCAUGCAGACGUACUACAGACCUACGCCCUUGACUGUCGACACAAAUCAUGCCCAGAAGUACUUUGAGGAAGAGGACCACAGCAUCUUAGACGAAAACAUCCUCGAUAACAGCGGCCUUGAUUCCGGUCUCGAAAUGUCCCCGCCGAUGGCUAAUAGUCGCCGCGAGUCCUUCGCCGUAGGCUCCUCACUCUUCUCGCCCAAGACGGAAGACUGGCAGCCCGUUGACAUGCAAUCUGUGCCUUCCAACAACCCCUUCAUCGAUCCACAGAACGGCAACAACCCCUUCAUGCGUGUUGAGCACCCUCAACCUUCGCCGUUUGCCCCCCAUGGCAACACCUGGUCUCUCGGAAACGCAUCCGGCUCCUGCACACCUCUUCAGCAGUUCGACGGCAUGCCCACUGAUUACGACAAUACAUCCGUCUUCCAUCGCUCUAUGCAGGGCCAGACGCCGUUCAGCAACCCCACCGGCCAAAUCAACAUGUUUUCUUCCAUCGGCUCAGGCAACCAGUCCAUCCCAACCUCACCCCAGAAGGGUUGGAUUGGCCAGAACGAGUCCAUGGCCAAGAAGAUGCGGACGGGCAGCCCUGGCAUCCGCUCUCACAACGAACUGCGCAGGGGCGACGGCAUCAGGAAAAAGAAUGCUCGUUUCGACAUUCCAGCUGAGCGUAAUCUCAAUAAUAUUGAUCAGCUCAUCGCGCAGUCGACCGACGAGCAGGAAAUCAAGGAGCUGAAACAGCAGAAACGUCUGUUGCGCAAUCGCCAAGCAGCGUAUGUUGACACCCUUCCCUCCACCUAUAGUCACCUACUAACGUGCCACGCUAGCCUUGAUUCCCGCCAGCGGAAGAAGCAGCACACGGAGCGUCUGGAAGACGAGAAGAAGCAGUACACCACCAUCCUCACAGAUAUGGAGGAGGAGAUUGUGGACCUGAAGGCCAAGAUGGAACUUCUUCUACGGGAGAAGCAGUCUUACCAAGAGUACAUCGAGUCACUCCGCAUGGAGAAGGAGGAGAUGAUCCGGUCCCACACCAUCGAGACGGGCGAGCUUCGCAAAAAGGUCAGCGUCCUCACCGACCACGUGCAGAGGCUCGAGAGUGCCGCCAUGUCGUCGUCCGUCCCUGGCCCCCAGGGGUUCUCUACGGGCUACGACGACAUGGAUGGCUUGUCCAUGCCUGGUCCUUGGGACAAUGUCGGUUUCCUCGGCGACUACACUGUCGAGCCUGAGGUCAAGCAAGAGCUCCAGAUGGCACCACCGCCCAAGAAGUCCGAGAUCAACUUCCCCGCCGAGACUGAGAAGCAGUCGUCUCAGGGUGGUAUCCUCUUCAUGCUCUUCCUUGUCGGUGCGUUCGUCCUCUCAAACCGGUCCGCGCCCAGCAUCCCUCGCGUGUCCGAUGAUGUCCGGGCCGAGGCAGCCACGCUUCUUGAGAAUGUCUUCAAGGAUGCCGGGCUUGAUGAGUCUACCAACACGAUUCAUGCCGGCGCUCCUCAGCCUUCGGGUGCCAACUGGGUCAACGACCCGGCCAUGGGCAUGGCUGGUUCUGGCCUUGACGGCAUGGCGCCCUCGAUGCUCGGCCAGCUUGGCGACACCCUAACCCAGCCCAACGAGGAGCAGAACAACGAGCAAAUCUUCUCGAUGUCGGCAGCCCAGUACAACGGCGUUCACUCGCAGGACUUUAUGCACAACGUGCCCGAGCGCUCCACGAGUCAAGGCCGCCGCAACCUGGCUGAGGCCCUCUCCUCGAUGCGCAACAACAACAAACAAUCAAUGGCCGAGGUGUACACCCGAUCUCUCCUCUGGGACCAGAUCCCUACGGAGGUGGUCAAGAACUUUGCGAAAAUGGUGGCUGAGUGCAACAACGCUCAGCAGAACGAACGGCAGCAAUGCAUGGACGCGAUUGCCCGAUGA